UCAACACUUCAUCUCACGCAACCAAGCAAGACUCAUAGACUCCCAUCUGAGUCCUUCCCCCCUGCUUCUUCAACAUGGAAGCUAACACCACUGAGCCCAUCGCCGUCAUUGGCUUUGACCUCAAAUUCCCCGGAGAUGCCAACACGCCCGAGAAGUUUUAUGACUUCCUUCUCUCCGGUCGUUCAGCCCUCAGCGAGGUACCCAAAGGCCGAUACAAUCUUGAUGCAUUCUACCACCCGGAUCCCCAGAGAUCGGGUACGACCAACGUCCGGCAUGCGCAUUUCUUGAAAGAUGAGAUUGCUGCCUUUGACGCGCCUUUCUUUACCAUUACCCAGGCCGAGGCCGUCUGCAUGGAUCCCCAGCAGCGCGGUCUCCUUGAGACUGUCUAUCGCGCUCUCGAAAACGCUGGCAUUCCCAUGUCCCAGGCUUUAGGCUCAAAGACAUCUGUCCAUGUCGGUUGCUUCACUCGCGAGUACGACAGCGUUGUGAGCAGGGAUCCGGAGAUCGAACUCAAGUAUCUCGCUACAGGCACCGGAACAAGCAUGCUUGCCAAUCGUCUCUCGUGGUUCUAUGACUUUCGAGGGCCCAGUUUGACGCUAGACACCGCCUGUUCAAGCAGUCUGGUUGCUGUUCAUCAAGGCUGCACCAGUCUGAGGCUCGGCGAAGCUUCCAUGAACCCGGACACGGUCAUCCCACUUACCAGUCUCGGUUUCCUGAGCCCGGACGGGAAAUGCUACAGCUUCGACCACCGCGCCAACGGUUACUCCCGAGGUGAAGGGUUUGGCGUUGCUGUUCUCAAGCGUCUUUCAGACGCUCUCCGCGAUGGCGAUACUAUCCGUGCAGUCAUCCGGAACACAUGCACCAACCAAGAUGGACGAUCUCCUGGUAUCACCCAACCAACGAGGGAGGCCCAGGCCAACCUGAUCAAACAGUCGUACGAGGCCUUGGGGCUUGACCGUGGCCUCACGAGGUAUUUCGAGGCUCAUGGUACCGGCACGCCGGUUGGCGACCCCAUCGAAGCCAGCGCCAUCAGUGACGCCUUCUCCGAGUUCCGGACGCCCGAGGAUCCAUUGUACGUUGGGGCUGUCAAGAGCAACAUUGGCCACUUGGAAGGUGCCGCCGGUAUUGCUGGUCUUUUGAAGACUGUCAUGGUCCUGGAACGCGGCAUCAUCCCGCCCAACAUGUGGUUUGAGAAGAAGAACCCAAAGAUCCCGGAUGAGUGGAACUUUCAAUUUCCGACCUCAAGUACAGUGUGGCCUACCGAGGGUAUCCGACGUGCCUCUGUCAACUCCUUUGGUAACGCAACCGUCAUCGUGGACGAUGCUCUACACUUCUUGGCCUUCAACGGCCUCAAGGGUCGCCAUAGAACCGUCUUGCACCCAAAACUUCCACCAUUCGCCAUUACCGACGGCACAAAUGAGCAUGUGAGCAAUGCUCUGGAUGGUGAAGCUGCCACAGACUAUGACAUGAACGCUCCUCACCAAGGAAAUCAUGUUUCCAAUCUCCAGGAUCAUGUGAAUGGGGACCUCAACGGCGAGAAAGCCCUGACUGCCAUCAACGGCCAUACCAACGGCCAUACCAACAGUCAUGCCAACGGCCACACCAAUGGAACGACGAACGGGGCCAGAGAUAGUGUGACCAAUGGGGUAAAGAAUGGCUUUGCCAACGGAACAAACAGACAGCAUGCCGAGCCUACCUCUAUACAAAACGGUCAUGCAAAGCAUGCAGACGGCCUGGACCGCCUCUUCAUCCUCUCCGCCUUUGACGAAGGCGGCAUCCAACGGUUAGCGACCGCCUACCGAGAGCAUCUACUCAACAAGGUCUCCUCCUUCUCGACCAGCGGCACCGAAUCGGCAUCAUCGGAAGGGUCAGAGUCAGAGUCAGAGUCAGAGUCAGAGUCAGAGUCAUCCUAUCUGAGCGAUCUGAGCUACACCCUGGCCUUCAAGCGGACCCGCUUCAGCUGGUCUUCAUGGGCGGUAGCAGACUCGACGACCCAGCUCAACAAGGCCACCCGCGCCCCUAACACAGGUAGCAGCAAGCCGCAACUUGCCCUGGUGUUCACGGGACAAGGGGCGCAAUGGGCCGGUAUGGGCAGGGAGCUGCUCGGGGUGUACGAGCCGUAUCGUGCGAGUCUUUUUGCGGCCGACGAGUACCUGAGGAAAGCUCUGAGCUGCUCUUGCCAGCCCAUCUGCACGGCGCUCCAGGUGGCUCUCGUCGACCUCCUAGCGAGCUGGGGCGUGUUCCCGCAAGCCGUCGUAGGGCAUUCGUCGGGGGAGAUCGCUGCGGCGUACGCAGCCGGCGCGAUAUCCAGAGAGUCGGCGUGGAAGCUCGCCUAUUACCGGGGUAUCCUCUCCUCUGAGCUUGCACGUGUUUCUGGUGGUGGCGGCGGCGGCGGCGGUGGCAUGAUCUCGGUCGCACUAGACAAGACGACGGCAGAAUCCUACAUAUCGCGCGUCGAUGCCGCUUUUCCGCACGGCGGUGCUGCCGGUAGUCUUGCCGUGGCAUGCAUCAACAGUCCGAAGAACGUCACCGUCAGCGGCGCCGUCUCCAAGAUCGAUUACCUCAAGCAGGAGCUGCUCGACAAGGACAACAUCUUUGCGCGCAAGCUCGCGGUCGGCAAUGCGUACCACUCGGCUUACAUGCAGCCCAUCGCGGACCUAUACCUACAGCUGAUAGGUGCCGGUCUUGUCUCUGGAGGACAAUGCCGUGGUGGCAGUGGCCCGGAGGAACAGGAACAGCAGAAGAAGGAGUCCCCUGUGCCCCGGUUUUACUCUUCGCUCACCGGGGCGGAGGCCAAGCUGUCGGAGCUUUGUGAGCCGGCCUACUGGGUACAGAAUCUCAUCUCGCCAGUAAGGUUUUCGGAGGCGCUGUCUCGUCUUGUCUCUGAUUCUUCUGUAAAAGGAAAGAAGAGGAAGCUUGGCGCCAGCGGCCCUCAAAAAACGAAGACAGAUCCCAUCACCGAGCUGCUGGAGAUUGGGCCUCAUGGUGCCCUAAGGGGACCGAUCCGAGAGAUCCUGGAACAGAUUCCUGAAGCCGAUAAGGUUGUUGCGUACCAAUCCCUGCUCAUGCGCAACUCGAGCUCGACCAACGCUGCUCUCAACGCGGCGGGCUGGCUCUUUUCGCGCGGUUACAAGCUCGAUAUGUCCGCUGUUAAUCCGCCGUCGUCGUUCAAUGAAGAUCUCCCCAGCUACCCGUUUGACCAUUCAAAGUCAUACUGGCGCGAGAGCCGAAUCAGCAAGGGGUAUCGGUUCCGCAAAGUCGUCCGUCACGAGCUCCUGGGCGCAUCGGUUCCAGACUGGAACAAGAACAACGCGCUCUGGCGGAACUGGAUCCGGCUGGGCGAGAACCCAUGGAUCCGGGACCAUCGGAUCACGGGAAGUACCCUCUACCCAGCAGCCGGGAUGCUGGUCAUGGCCAUCGAGGCCAGCAGACAGAUGGCCAACCCGGACAAGGGCCCGAUCAAAGCCUUUCGGUUCCGCGAGGUAUCGCUGCACAUGGCAUUGCGGGUGCCAGCGAGCGCGGAGGGCGUCGAGACGCACUUCUACCUGCGGCCUUACAUGGACAGCAUGUCCAGCACGGCGUCCAACUGGAGCGAGUUCCAGCUCUUCAGCCACGAGAACGACGAGUGGCGCGAACACUGCCGCGGCCUGGUGCAGACCGAGUACGAAGCUGCCUACACCCCGGUGGACAACGGGCUGGAAGACCGGGCCUUUCGGGAUCAGUGCGCCGAGUAUGUCGCCUCGGCCGAGAAGAGGUGUGGCAAGCCGGUGUCGACAAACCAGCUCUACGAGCUUCUCCAGACGGUCGGGUUCGAUUUUGGCUCCACGUUCCAAACCCUUUCUGACGUGCGGAUCGACCCCGACGGCGACCGCAACAUGAUCGCCACCAUCACGUCCAAAGUCCCCGAGAUCAAGAGCAAGAUGCCCCAAGGAUUUGUCCAGGAGCAUCUCGUUCACCCCACGACGCUGGACGGUGUCUUGCAGGCCGUCAUGGUCGCCUUGACCCGCGGUGGCCGUGAGGUCAGAGAGGCCAUGGUGCCCACCUCGAUGAAAGAGCUCUGGAUUUCGGCGGACGCGCUUGCGUCUCACGACCAGUAUCGUCUCGCUGCCCAUGCCGAUUUCCUGGGGCUUCGGCAGGCGGAAGCCUCCAUCAUCGCCGUCGACCCAAAGACUCAUGCUCCCCUCAUCAAAGCGGACGGGUUUGUGUCCACCGCUGUCUCGGGUCGGAGCAGCGCAACAGAUGAUGGGGAAGACGAGGCCCGUCAGCAUGCAUUCAAUAUCGACUGGAAACCCGAGCCAAGCCUGCUUGAUCAGAAAAGUGCGGCCGGAUUGUUCCGCCCGCCUCAAGAUCUCGUGGACUUUGACCCGUCCCAGCUUAUUGCGGACGUUGAGGGAAUCUGCUACAUGUAUUUGAGGAGAUACGCAGCUGCGAACCCAGACCUGUGGACUGAACAUGUCGGAGGCAAGCCUCACUUGCAAAAGUACGUGGCAUGGAUGAAGCACGUAUUUGAUCGUUUUGAUCGCGGCGAUCUGGUGCACGCGAAGGGACAACAACAGGAUUGGAACAAGAUGGCCCUGGACGACGAAUCCUUCAGCAAGAUGGAAGCCGAAAUGGCAGGGGAGAAUGGCACUCCCGAAGCCAAGCUGGUGGUCGCCCUCUUGUCUGGAGAGGUCGACCCUCUUCAGGUUCUCUUCAACGACAAGCUCUCCGAAAAUGUCUACCGGUACGGAACCGGCGCCGAGAUCAUCUACGCCCAGCUUUCUGGGUUCGUCGACGCCAUGGUCCACAAGAACCCGUCGAUGAAGAUUCUCGAGAUCGGGGCGGGUACAGGAGGCGCGACCGUGACCGUCAUCAACACGCUGACCCACCAUGGGGAGAACGAGUUCGGCGCGCGGUUCGAGCGAUAUGACUACACCGACAUAUCUCCAAGCUUCUUCGAGCAGGCCAAGGAGACUUUUGAAUCCGCCGCAGAUCGCAUGCAGUUCAAAGUGUUGAACAUCGAGAACGACCCGAGACAUCAGGGCUUCGAGGAGGGCGAGUAUGACCUGGUCAUCGCCGCGAACGUCAUCCACGCAACAAAGAACAUCGAGGCGACUCUGAAGAAUGUUCGCCAACUGCUGAAGCCUGGUGGCAAGUUUGCACUUUACGAGCUGACCAACAUCAACCUGCUCCGCGCUCACUUUGGAUUCGGCUUACUUCCCGGCUGGUGGCUGUCCGAUGAGCCCUACAGGGCGUGGGUUCCCCUGAUGACCGUCCCGGACUGGUCGGUCCAUCUUCAGCGGGCUGCCUUCACCGGGGUAGAUCUCGCCUUUGACGACUUUUCAGGGUCGGAGAACCAAAUCAACACUAUUAUGAUCUCGACAGCCACGACACCAGCAGCAGCGGGACAAUCCCUGUUGACGACGACGCCGCCGCCGCCCACCAUCAUUGUAGCAGACCAGAGCUCCGAAUUCCAGAACGAGGUCGCAAAGGAAAUUGAGACUUCACUGAAAGGCAAGGGUAGUAAUACUCACUGUGAAGUGGAAGUGGUCAGCGUGGGAGAUCUGCUGUCUGCGAACCUUGACAAGAAGAUAUGCAUCUUCCUUCCUGAGAUCGAGGCCUCGUUCCUGAAAGACGUGACUGCCGACAGGCUGAGCGUCAUCAAGAAGAUGACUGCAUCCCUCUCCGGGAUCUUGUGGCUUACCCACGGAGGCGGAAAGGCUGCAAAAAGGCCAGAAAUCGAGAUGAUAACAGGACUAUCCCGCGCCAUCAGAGCUGAGAACCCAGCCAUCAAUUUUGUCACCCUCACCUUUGAGGAUGAUGUUGAUGGCGUUGAAAGUGUCGAAGCUGUCUGCCAGCAUACACUCUCCUUGUUCACCGAAAUCUUCGUCAAGGGUGGAAAGGACGUGAUCGACAACAGUUUCUCAGUCUCAAGCGGCGUGACACACAUCGGCCGGGUGAUCGAGGCGGACUACAUGAACCGACACAUCUCUCAGAAGACCACCAAGCAGGUAGCUGCGCCGGCCAAAUUUGGCGAGGAUCCGUCAAGAGCCCUCGAUCUGGUUGUCGGCACACCUGGACUUCUGGAUAGCCUGCAGUUUGACGACGAUCAGCUCUACGACACACCUUUGCAAGAAGGCGACGUCGAGUUCAAAGUUGCGGCAUGCGGCCUCAAUUUCCUUGACAUCAUGGUCUCGCUCGGCCAGGUGAUUGGGACCGCUCUCGGAGUCGAAGGGUCAGGAAUCGUCACGCGGACGGGGCCGAACUCCCGGUUCAAGGUCGGCGAUCGCGUCUGUGGCAUUGCGCGUGGGACUAUGCGAACGGAGACCUCCCUCGUGAUGAUCCCGGAAGACUUGGACUGGACGACGGCCGCCUCCUUACCUGUCGUGUACGUUACCGUUUACGCUGCCCUGUACGACAUCGCACAUCUCAAGAAGGGGGAUUCCGUUCUGAUACACGCUGCUGCUGGGGGUGUUGGGCAGGCCUGCAUCCAGCUUGCCCAGCAUCGCGGGGCUGAGGUGUAUGCGACCGUCGGGUCGCUCGAGAAGCGGGAUCUCCUCAGGGCUCGAUAUGGGAUUCCUGAGGACCAUAUCUUAUCCAGCCGAGAUUUAUCCUUCAAGCACGGAAUCAUGAGACUGACCAAAGGGCGCGGGGUUGAUGUGGUCGUCAAUGCUCUGUCGGGCGACGCUCUCCGAGCAACGUGGGACUGUGUUGCACCCUUUGGACGAUUCGUCGAGGUUGGCAAAGUCGACAUCUACUCCUCAGCCCGGCUGAACAUGGACAAGUUCAAGUACAACGUCACGUUUGGAUUUGUCGAUGUCGGCUACAUGGCGAACAACGACGGGCGCCAUUUCAAUGCCAUCUUGGAGGACUGCAUGCGUCUUGUUCGCGACGGUGCAAUCCGGCAGCUUCACCCGGUGCAAGUCUACCCUUUCGGUCAGAUCCAAGACGCUUUCAGAUACAUGCAGAACGGAGCACACUCGGGCAAGAUCGUGCUGGAGCCCCAUGAGGAUGACAUUGUUCCUGUCGUCCCCAGCCGAAAGCCCAAGUAUAACUUUGACCCGUCAGCUUCGAGCAUCGCACGGUGGAUGGCGUCUCGGGGAGCCCGGCACCUGAUUCUGCUGUCGCGGUUUGGUCCACUCCGAGAGUCGGGCAAGGCACUCGUAGCGGAACUGCAGUCGGCCGGCGUCCACGUAGAGACACCUGCUUGUGACGUCUCGGAUGCUCAAUCACUGAAAAAGACCUUGGAUGGCUGUCUGACAAUGAUGCCUCCCAUCAGGGGUUGCAUCCAAGGCUCAAUGGUGCUAAAGGACACAUUGUUCGAAAACAUGAGCAUCGACGACUGGCACACAGCCAUCAAGCCCAAGGUCGACGCGUCGUGGAAUCUGCAUCAAGUACUCCUUGACAAGGACCUAGACUUCUUCAUCCUCCUCUCGUCGACGUCUGGCAUCGUGGGCAACCGGGGCCAGUCCAACUACUGCGCCGGAAACACGUACCAAGAUGCUCUGGCGCGGUACAGGGUAUCCCAGGGACUGCCAGCCACGUCUCUGGACCUGGGCAUGAUUCUCUCUGUUGGAUUCGUGGCGGAGAACGCUGAACUCAUUGGCCAUCUGAGGGCCGAAGGGUUCACGGCCAUGCGCGAGGAAGAGUUCCAUGCGCUGCUCGACGGACUAUGCGGCCCGUCGGGAUCGAGCGUGCCGUCCCUUCUCAAGUCGCAGAUCUGUCUUGGGCUGGAGCUUCCCGAGGCACUGGCGCAGCGAGGCAUCGAAGCGCCGGGCUGGCAGCACGAUCCGCUGUUCAGCCACUUGUUCCAGAUGCGUCGGAUGGCCGGAGACGGUCAACUACGGAUUGCUUUGGGCGCCACGGAUUCGCUUGACACGGCAGAAGCCAUUGUUCUCGAAGCCAUGCUGACCAAGAUCUCCAAGGCGCUUGGAGUAGAAACAGUAAACCUGGAUGCGUCCAAGCCUCUUCACGCGUUUGGCGUCGAUUGGCUUGUGGCCGUGGAGCUGCGGACGUGGUUGCUGAAGGAAGUUGGUGCCGAGGUGGCCGUUUUCGAUAUCAUGGGCGGCUCUAGCAUCCGGCAACUGGCGACCUUGGUUGCGUCGCGGAGCAGCUUUGUGCAUUUGAAGGAAGUUGAUGAAUGACGG